UUAAAGUCUCCAUGCCACCCUCUGGACACCCCAUGAUCAUUUCUUUAGAUCCGCCCCUGAAUUGUGUCCGGACGAGCACGAGGGCUGCGGGGCUGCUCGCACCUGACCCUGUGAUUAACACUGUGUAAAGUGUGCGUGGCAGUGAUGUCAGAGAGGAGGAGUCAGGUGCGCCUCCGCCGCGCUCCGUCAGACUGCUGGAUCCUCAGGUGAACGCAUGCCAUUACCUCGGAGCACUUUAUGUGGAUUUAACCAACAGGAAGAACUUUGUAGACUGACGCCAACUCCUGCGCUACUGCCUGGUCCCACGGUCCCACGGUCCCAGCGGUGAAUGCGUCGUGACUUUUGCGCGUACUGCUGAGCUCUAACAGGUGUUGGGGCACGCCGAACAUGUCCAAUGGGAAAGGCGCAAAUGCUGCACAACACUCCUCACAGAUGACCCUGAAGGAGUGUCUGGAUGAGUGUAUGGAGGCCUUGGAUCUCUUCCUUAACAACCACUUCAGCGAGAGCCUGGAGAGGCUGCGGCCAAGAGUGAAUGAGAGUAUGUACCAUGCUCUUAUCUAUGCCACGGUGCUGGAAAUGCAGGCCAUGAUGACUUUCCAGCACGAUGACAUCAGCAACGCAGGAAAUACCAUGAAGAGUGCCCAGGAAGUCUGCCAGAGGUUUCGACGGAAAUCCGCAAGUUUGUCUAACAAGUCAGUAGGGGAAUCACUCACUGAAGUGCAGCUUCAUGCUGAAGUGUGUUAUGCAGAGUGCCAACUCCAAAGAGCUGCUCUUACCUUCCUACAGGAUGAGAACAUGGUGAGUUUUAUCAAAGGAGGGAUCAAAGUACGAAACAGUUACCUGAUUUACAAAGACCUGCAUUCCCUCAUAAAAUCUCACAACUGUCUCAAGGGACCCAGCCACGUUCACUUAGAGGGAGGAGUAUCAUUUGGAAUAGGGGCAUUUAAUCUGACACUGUCUCUAUUUCCUCCACGGAUACUCAAAGUUUUGGAGUUUGCAGGCUUCUCCGGAGACAAGGAAUACGGUCUGUCCCUGCUGCGCGAUGGUGCAACAGGGAUGAAUCUGCGCUCCAUGCUGUGCGCUCUGCUGCUGCUCUGCUACUAUACCUUUCUCACGUUCAUACUAGGGACAGGUGAGGGAGAGGUGGCUGAGGCUGAAAGUCUGCUGAAACCUUUCCUGCUCCGCUACCCACGGGGAGCAAUAUUCCUCUUCUUUGCAGGCAGGACUGAGGAGAUCAAGGGGAACAUUGAUGAGGAAAUGAUGUACAUGUGGAACGGUUUCAGUAUGAUCAGCAAAAGACCCGAGCUGACUGAAGGCAUGAUGCAGACUUUGGUGGAUGCAGAGCGCACCCUACUGGAGUCUCCUGAAAAUGAGUAUUCAGUGGAUGACCGCUGUUUGAUCCACCUGCUGAAGGGUCUGUGUUUCAAGAACCAGGGUAUCCUCCUGGCCGCUGAGGAAUGCUUCAACAAAGUGUUUUCCAGUGAAAAGAAGAUCCGGUUUGACCACUACCUGGUGCCCAACUCUCUGGUGGAGCUCAGUCUGCUCUACGUAGAUCAAGGCAGGAGGGACGAGGCAAUUAAAAUACUGCACAAGGCCAAACACAACUACAAAGACUACUCGAUGGAGUCUCGUACACAGUUCAGGGUGCAUGCUGCUUUGGCCAAACUCAAGGCAGACCCCAGCGAAGAAGACGACACUCAUCUGUAGGACAUCUCUUCAGGACUGGAGAGGCUCUUCACACUGGACUGUGCCUCAUAUUGGAUGCUUUAGCCUUUUUAACCUAUAUCCAUUUUCAACACAUGAAUACUGGAUGUUUUAUCACUGUGUUCAGGUAUACCUUCUCAGGCAUUGUGUCACAGUAUGCACCAACAUACCACUGGACAAAAGUAUAACCUGUUAUAAUUACAAGAGCCCGUCCUUGCGAGACUAUCUUCCAAAAGCAUAAGAGUUUGACAUUUGGAACUGAGGGACACUUAUUUUAUUAAUGGACAAUGUUUUUAUUGUUUACAUUUGAAAAUUAAACACUUGAUUUUAAUGAAAAAUGUAUUGAAAGCCACUUUAAAUAUCUAAUGUAGGAAAUGUUAUGUCUUAAUGAAAUGUAUAUUGACUUUAUUAAUUAAUUGAAAGGGCUCUGCGUGAUUAUUAUACUAAGUAACUUCAGCAUAAUGAUGUGGAAUGACAACGUGGAUCAGAUCCUAUGGAAUUUCAGUCAGUGGCAAAAAACACUUGAUAUAAAAGCUUAUUCAGACAAUGGUUAACUGGCUUGAAGAAAUGUACGAGCCACAGUCAGCAGCCAGUACUCUGUACACAUACAUCAUACAUUGACCCAUUCUGUAUGGGCUGCACAUGAGCAUGGCAAAGCUAAAGCAUGAGGUAAAACAACAGUUUACUGCUGUUCCAAACCCACUUUUACCAUCUUUGUGUUUAAAUCAAUUCUGGAAAAAUAUUUUUGCAUAAAUAAAUUCUACAUGCGUUUUUUGACACCAAA